AUGGCGCUGGAUUCGUGGACCGUCAGGAUCGCCCUCGGCUUGCUGACAACUUUGCUGGUGUACCUCUGGAAGAUCAACCGCGCAAUGUCAACCUCUUACCCCGAGGCUUUGCGGAUUUCGCCGGAUCGAUGGACGCCAGAGCAGGUCAAGCGAACUUUUGAGCGAAUAGAGAAACAGCCCAUCGACUGGACGCCGUCUCUGCCGCCCAAACUGGACAGGCGUUACAUCGUUGUCGGCGGCUCUGGUUUGGUCGGAGGGCAGCUGGUUAUUCAGCUCAUCGCGCGUGGCCACCCACCAGAAGCCGUUCGUAUCAUUGACUUCCGUAAGCCUGGACGCGAUGACAUGAGCGAGGGUCCGGUGUCGAGGGUCGAUUUUGCGCAGGCCGACAUUUCCUCAGAGUCAGCAACCUCUGCCGCAUUCGCAAAGCCGUGGGCCGAGUCUGUCCGCCAUCUUCCGUUGACAGUGUUUCAUACCGCCGCCGUCAUACGCCCGUCUGAGCGCAGCCCGUUGGUCUACGACCGCUGCUCCAGCGUCAACACCACCGGAACAGCUCACGUUGUUGCUGCUGCCAAAACCGCCGGUGCCGAUGUUCUCGUCUUCACUUCAUCUUGCAGCGUGGCCUUGAAACCCGUGAAAUUCUUCAAUGCCCUCUGGAAGCAGUGGCCAACAGACUUUUUCCAGGUCCUGGACGAGAGGGACUUCCAGAAGCCGCUGCGAGCCCACGAAGAGUUCUUCGCCAACUAUGCGAAAUCGAAAGCCGAGGCGGAGCGUCUUGUCUGCAGCGCGAAUGUCAUACCGCAGGAUCCCUUGCAGGCAGGCGGCUUCCGCACCGGAGCCAUCAGACCAGGAAACGCCAUCUACGGGCACAAGGACGACUACCUCGUCGGCGCAACGGUGCGUAUGGCCAGCUUCCCAACCUUCACCGCACCCUUCAUGCAGAACUGGGUGCAUGGAGGCAACGUGGCUUUGGCACAUCUGCAAUACGAGGCGGCCCUCCUCGGGCCACACGCUCACAAGGUGGCCGCUCGGCCGUUCUUGGUCACGGAUGGGGGCCCGCCUCCAGUCUUCAAGGACUUCUACACGCUCGUACAAUCACUCAGCGUGACGCCCUUCCAUGUGCAGUAUCCGCCGCCGCUGCUUCUGCUGCUGGUAGCACACUGCAUAGAAGCUUAUUGUCUGUUGCUUUGGCGGGUGCCAGUAUUGCAAAAAGUAUUUCCGGAACCUCAAAUGCCGUUAUCCAUGCUGCAACCAGCCAGCAUAGCUGGCUCCAUUAACGCCAUAAUCAAUGACUCUGACGCACGCAGACGGGUAGAAGAUGGCGGGUUGGGAUACCAGGCCAAGUGUACAACCAUGGAAGGGUUGUGUAUGCAGUUGGGUGCGUGGAACCGAUGGGUGAGGAGCGGAGGCGAGAAAGUGAGGAGCGAAAAGGGCGUGGUGAAAGACGUGCUCGAAGUCGGAGCAGAGCCUGUUGCAAGGAGAGCGUAG